CGCACGCCCCAUUUGAACAAUCACAUGUACUAAAUAAUACUCAAUAGUACCCCAGUGAUUUGAUGAACUAUGGGGGUUAUUAAGCAGUCUAUAGUAGUAUGCAUGGUUUUGGUAAUCGCCACAAGACUGUCACGUUUAUUUGAGACACCUUUGCCAGUCAACUUUGGCGGUACUUGGGAUCCGGAGUUUAAGAAAGUUGCCGACGUUUUUAAACGAAAUGUUGAGAGCGGGAAAGAACGUGGCGCGGCGUUUGCUGUCUAUUAUAAAGGAAAACCCGUGGUUGAUGUAUGGGGUGGCUACACGGAUUUAGAAAGCCACACACCGUGGAAACAGGAUACGACCACGCUCGUGUUCUCGUGCUCUAAAGGAGUUGCAGCCAUUAUAAUGGCUAAAAUGGCAGAAAUGGGAACCUUAGACUACUCCAAACCAGUGAGCUAUUACUGGCCAGAAUUUGCUCAAGCAGAUAAAGACAACAUUACUGUAGAGAUGCUUAUAAGCCACCAGGGGGGAUUGGUCUAUUUGGACGAACAAUUAUCCAUUUAUGACUACAAAAACAACAGACAGAGAUGGCAGGACAUUUUAGCUAAACAAAAAACUGCCUGGCCUGCAGGGGAGAAGUUCGGAUACCAUGCUCUAACAUUUGGCCUUUUUGUGGACGAGCUAAUUCAGCGCGUUGAUCCCGCACAUAGAGAUACCGAUACUAUAUUUAUGGAGGAAAUUUCUAAACCUUUAGAUAUAGAUUUCCGGAUGAAGGUGCCAUUAGAAGACUGGUACCGUACGGCACGACUGGUACCACGCUCAAAGUUCCAGUUGUUAUUCGAUGCUUUUCAGUACAGAAGAUAUCUUAAGCCCAUAUAUGAUAUUGUUUUUCAUCCGGACUCCCUCAUGGCAAGAUCCGUAUCACCUGUGAUAGAAUUUGCACAAAGAACUGAUGUUUUGAAUAACCCUUACAUCAGAGAAGUGACCGUGUCUUCAUUAACUGGUACGGGAACUGCACGAGGAUUGGCUAAGAUGUAUGGCAUUAUAGCAAACGGAGGAGCACAUGACGGGAACCAGUUAUUGUCUAAACAAUCUAUAAAUAGAUUGUCUAAACCAAUAGUUAGAGGGUCAGACGCUGUCAUGAAUACGGGAGAGGUCUCUGAAAUUGGACUUGGAACUUUAUAUAGAAAGAACCCAUGGGGUGAGGAGACAGUCGGACAUACUGGUCACGGGGGUCAAGUGGCCGUGGGCGAUAUAAAGAACAAUAUUGGGAUCUCCUAUUUGACCAAUCAUUUAACUAUACAUGGUGUGGGAGAUGACCCCAGGUACCAAGAUCUGGAAAAGAUACUGUAUGAAACAAUUGCAGAACUAGAGAAAAAAUAACACAUGAUGGAUUCUAGUCAAAUUGAUUUUUAUUCGUUUUCCAAUAUCUGACAAAAGUGUAUAAUACUCAUAUAAUAGUGUAUAAAGAUUGGUGGUGUAUUCCUGCAUUUUAGCAACAGCUUAGAUUUACU